AUGCUUUUUGGCGCAUUUGCUGGUUUAGUAGGGCAGUCUUCUUCUUAUCCCCUGGAUAUAGUUAGAAGAAGGAUGCAAACCGGUCGCAUCGAAGCAAGCAGUGGAGUGUUAAGAUCUCUCGUUACCAUCUAUAAAAAUGAGAUUCGUAAAGGUGAUGUAGUGUGGGCUCCUUAUCGAAGAGACCCUCUGUGGCCCGCUUUGGUGCGGAACAGUUAUCCCAAGAAAGUGACAUAUGUGUUCUUUCCAUUACCUCCUUCUGAUUCUUUGGAGAAUCUCUCAAAGAAGACUCCAACCUUCAGUUGUCAACCAAAGUCUGUUCGUGCUCUAUCCGUUGACGACAACUUGCCCUCUCGUUGUGCACCUGAUCUCAUUGAGGCGUUUGAGGCCGCUAUACAGUAUCUCCAUAAGAAAGGACUGUCAAAGGGUUCUGCAGCACCGAGGCUGACCACCACAAUCACUCCCAAGGGUGCUCAGUCAACACUGGCUCGGAACAAUGACAAAAUCUUGGCAAAUAACCGGACUCCGAUCAAGGAAGAACGGGACGCCGAUAUAAAACCAGAAAUCCAUGUUGAAGAUCGGCAGACCGGAAGUCGUUGUGACGAGGACAGCAUGGCUAGUGUUGAAGAUGAGCCAGUCAAAGUGGAACCCCAACAUAUACCGCCAUCUCCUCCGAGAGCAUCAGCGUUUGCUGCAGACUCGACAACACAUUCAGAUACUUCAUCACCUGAUCUCUUGACGCCUACCAUAUUUCGUGAGGCAGCCUCCAUUCUGGAACGCAUCUGGCCGACAGAUUUGGUGCAAAAUUAUGUGACGCCACCGCGUUCUGUGUUACGUUUUGAAACGCACACUGGAGGUCUUUUGUCAGACCAUGAGACCGACAGUCUGUUCGACCUCAUCUUCUUUUGGGUUCGCGACCGUGAGAAUGAUUGUUACUAUUUACCUGGUGCUCAUCUUGUACUUGAAGUACUUAUGCCAGAAGUCAUAAUACAGGCUCUCAUACAGGCACGUGGAGUCUCACGGGAGGCAGCAGAGAGAAUGGUGCGAUACACACCGUCAGAAAGUAGCUGUAGCAGCAGUACGAGUAAUGAGUUGAACUCUAAUCACUCCUCUAAAAAUGGAGGGAGCAACAGUGCCCAGAAAAGCGGCGGAAGUUUGGACGAGUUGGCAAGAAUUGCAUGCAAAGAACGGGAAUCAAUCACCGAGUGA